GUAUAGUAAAUCAAGACAGAUGUCAAACGACUAAACUGUCCCAGAUUUAAGACUGGAGGCGUACAACGAAAACACUUGAACCAAUAAACGAUACAUUUCGUUAUAGAGCGCGAGACGCUUGAAGUCUCGCGUAUUCAUUGGUCAUCCGUGCUUGGAUCAAGAUGACUUGGAAAUAUCACCUGAUGUUGCUUUGGGGAGCUCUCCAUGUCGUUCAAGCCCACGAAUUCGACUCAGAAUUCGUUCAGUACAUCCCUGGGGAGAUUAACGUGAUCGUAAGCAUACCGCAUGGAUCCCGAUCCAGCCCAACGUCUUGGCCUUCACGACGAGCGGGAUGUUCCAACACCAAUGGAUACGAUUGCUUCUAUUCCAGUACAUCUUCUUGCGUUCCCGAUCCAAAUUCGUGCUCAUAUGGUUACUUCACCGAUGCUUUCACCGAGGAUAUUGGCAUUGAAGUGGCCAAUGUCGUCAAACAACGUCUUGGCAAACAACCCCACGUCCUUAUCUUGAAGGUCGCUAGGAAGAAGCUGGAUGUGAACCGCCCAAUCUUCAACUCCUAUAAUGGCAAAUAUGACGAGGGCGCCCAAGGUUUUGCUCCUGCUCAAGCAGUCUAUGACAAAUACCACGGGCGUUUGGCCCAAAUCAAAUCCCAAAUGAUGGGACGAGGCAUUCUCUUGGAUAUCCACGGCCAGGCACACAAGCAAAACAGCACCGAGUUGGGCUAUCUGUUCCGUUUGGAUCAAAUCGAGGAUUUGAUUAAUGGCGUGGACAAUCUUGAGACUCAAAGAAGACGUUGUGGUCUCUUGUCCUUAUUGGAUGAGACCAACGCUUCCGUGUGGGAUAUGUUGCUGGGUCCCAAUAGCUUGGGCAAAUAUCUUGAAGAUCAAGGAUUCAAGGCUCUGCCAGGACCAAGCACCCUUCAAAUGAGUGCGGCAACGUUGAGCGGCUUGAAUUAUUUCAAUGGGGGUCACACUGUGAAAGAGCACGGAUCAAGAUAUUCCAACGGGAAGCAAAUGGACGCCGUUCAAGCCGAAAUCCCGGGCGAGAUCCGGUGGAGCUCCUCGUUGAGGCCCACUUACGCUCAAGCGCUUGGCAAUGCUUUUAGCGACUUUGUAUUGCAUUUCUAUCCAAAUAUUCUAGU